GCCAUGAAAGACACCUGGCUGUCUUGGUUUGGAGUAACGAUAUAAUGCAGAUGCAACCAAGUCUUAUGCUUGUGGGCUACAUCUAGGGCCAUCUAGGCUGCUGACAUUUUACUUAGAUACCUUACAUGCUUAUAUUUUUAGAAUCAUCCAGUCCUCUCUGUGGGCUUGCACGUUUCUGUCCAUCUUAAAGGAAACCUUGACCAUGCUCAAGAUUUCUUCUCAGCACUCAAGUGCUCUAGCAAGUUAUGCUUUUUACUGGGAAGGUUAGAGACUCUGGUGUGUAAUCAAUUUGGAUACCCCUAGUCUCUUGUGCAUUUUUGGUUACCAUUUCAAGUUUUGUUCUGAGCUCCAUAAAGUACUGAGACAAUAAUAUCUAAAUGGUCACUCAUCUUUUAGCAGCAAAAAAUCAGAAUAAUUAUUCUGUAUGGGUCCCAACUGAUCCCUCUGUUGCAUUUGAUACAGUUCCCCUCCUGAUCCUUAUGGAGAGUUUGAGCAUCUGUGGGAUCUUGGGUUUAAUCUGUCAGUUGCUUUUGGUGCACCUAUAUGGGAGAAUCACGGUUUGCCUCUUUUUCUGCUCAUGCUGUUUGUGUGCUCCUGCUUAUUUGCCACACAGCAAAGGCAGAUGAUGAAGUCAAAGCGUUAUGCAUGGAUAGCACUAUUUUGCCAUGUAAAGCUGAUGUUGACCUGAACAUGAACUACACCUCUGUGAGUUGGUAUAAAGUUGAUGAAAAUGGCAUGACUGCAAUAGUACACAGAAAUAUAAAGCGCAACACAAUCUAUUAUUCUCCAGUCUAUGAAAAUUCAUCAAGGAUCAUUUGUGAUGAUACAAACUCUCUGGAAAAGGAUAACCUCUCUGAAGAAGACAAUGGUUUUUAUGUGUGCUUUCUCUGGUCAGCAGAACAAAGUAAACGCAGGCAAGGUCGUAUUACAUUAACAGUAACAGGCUGUCCUGUUACAAAAGACGAGAACAGCGGAACAGCAAUGAUUCUCGCUGAGACGCUGGGACCUGCGGUGCUACUGCUGCUCUCAUUCUUGGGACUCUACUUUAAUUAUAGGUAUUUGAGAGUGCAAGACAUGUUUUUGAAGACUUCAAAAUACAAAUUGAAGUCUCAUCUACUUCCUCUGUUUGCUACAAGAGACAAUUAUAAACCAGUUUUGUUGACUGAGGAAAGCGUUAUAGUAUAAAAUGAAAACUAAAUAUGCCUCAUGAAGAAAGGCAGUGUGAUGGAGGACCAAAAUACUCUGUGAAUCCACCAGUAGGAAAUGGGAGUUGAUUCAUUCUGUCUCUAGCUGGUAUAGGCAGGUCCCUCUUGUGCUGGUACUGACCUGCAGACAACACUACUUGUACAGGACACCUUAUAAGUUGAACAUUGAACCAUACAGGGCUACUGUUUUACGGUUGGUGAUAUGGCUUAUUGGUCUCACUUUUAACAGCCUUACCUGGAAAAGAGUUAAUUGCACACAUAUCAUAUCUGUGUGUUACAUUUUUGAGUAGGAAGUAACUUUUAAUUGCCACUGGCAAUGAAUAUGCCUAGGUUACAGAUUUGACUGUAUACCAGUUUGCAUCUGAAAUUGUAAUUCAGACAUAAAAUGCAAUGGAACAAAAAGCUAAUGUAUUCAUUUGUUGAUCUCCUGAGUACUGAAUGGUGAUAAUGCUAAUGCAAUUCAUACCAAAGAAUGCAGCAGAUCAAAUAUGUGCUUUACUUAUCUGCUGAUCUCUUGGCUAUUGAAAUGCUGUGUUUAUGGAUGUAUCAGAUUAGGUAAUGUCGAGUAUUAUCUCAUCAGUCAUACCAGAUGCGAAGGACACUUUCCAUUUUGUGGGACAGUGGGUCAUAAAUGGAUCGUGGCUGAGGCGGCUAUCGGACUCCACACUAAACUGUAUUUAUAAAAGACAGAAUAAUUUACACUAGUAAGAGAGAAAGCUGCAACUGCUCUACUUUUUGUUUGCCUUCUAACAGAUGUAAAUCUCAAGAAAACAGUUUUGGUGCUAAAUAAUGUGUUAAAGAAGCUUGAUUACUUGAAUAAUGAUCGCAAUAUCGCAAUAUCUACAAGAACUGGACAGCUGGCUCAAACUAAAAUCUAUUAGCAGAGUUGCUUGAGGAGGAUUGUGGUGACUCAAGAGGUCACCAGUAGUUUAUAAUAUUCAACCUUUCCAAGAUGCAUCAGUCCUGAUGUAGGGACAGAAGGGCAGAGUCUACAACAGGAGGGCUAGAAUGCAAUUUGUUUACCACUCAAAGAAAAACAAAAAACUUAAAUUGAAUUUGCAUAGCUAGAUCGCUAGAUAAAUAGACACUUGCCCCUAACCCAUUAUUUGUUACUCAAAACACAAAUUUAUAUAAACACUGAAAAUGAAAACUAUAUCCCACUGUGGAUGUAUAUGUACUCACCGCAUUGUAUCUGCUGCUCAGUUUAAUCACCUCUGUGCUUACCAGUACCCAGAGAAAAGGUAAAUUCUUUUUUAUGCAAAAAACCCCCAAAAAAAACAACAAAGUUAUCUUGUAUGUUUGUUCCUCACUGAAUUUGAGGAAAAAGUGUUUCAAUUUGUAUAAUUGAGGUCUAUGUUUUGAUGGAAGAUUUUUUUUUUCUUUUUAAUUUUAUCUACUUACCUGUACAAACUACACUUUGCUAAAAUUAUUUUGGAAGCAAAAUUUCAAUUGAGUUUGCAAGCUGAUGGCAGAUUUCACUCUGAAGCCCACAUAGUUUCAUUUAAAUGACAAAAUGUUGUUUUGUGCAUAUUUUACUUAAUUUGCUGAUUCUUGCUUUAUAAUUGCUCCUGGAUGCUUAACAUUUUCUAGCCAUAUAAUUACUUUUAAUUUCAGAAAUAGAUACUGAUGAUACUUUGGAAUAUGCUGCCAUAUGUUCAGAUAAAUACUUUUAUAGCCAGGAAAAAUGUAGCACAAUGUAACAUCUGCAUAAAUAACUCUGAUAUACUUUACUGAGUGGCAGCAUAUGCAUAUUAUUCUUCUGGUAAAGUAUACUUUUACUUGAGUGAUGCAGAAUCUUAUUUUAAUAUCCUACAGACUUUAUACAAUUUUUUAGAAAUCUGAAAAAUUCUUUGGAAAACACAACUACAACCAGAUCUGUCACUGUGGCCAUCUGGAUACAUACAGUUAAAGAUGUUCUGAGGACCUUUUUUGCUUCAGCAUUUGAGAAUUUCCUUUUAAUAUCAUACUCUUAACAAAAUUAAACUUUUUGCAACAGACGCAUGCAGCAGAGGUUUCUGAUGUUUUGUGAUGAGACUCCUUCUUAUGCAGAAUUUUGAAUAAUAUUUUAUAAUUUAACAUGGGGUUAUGUUGAAAGUGUAAACUGGGAAAUGUUAUCUAUUCCCAAAACAAUAUCAGUAAGUGAUUUAUGUCAGAAUAAGAACAUUUCUGAAUUCUCUAAAUCUGUGAAUCAGUUAUGCUUGUGGAACUUAUAAGAUGCUUGAGUCUUAGUUUCUCAGCAAAUUUUGUAUAAGCAGUUCUCUAUUUUGUAUAAUACCUUUUUAGCAUAUGUAGUAAUUUUGUCAGUUUUGAUAUAUGUAGCUCUCUUGAAUUUUAUGUAUGUAAGCAUUAUACAGAAAAAAUGUAAUGUUAAAAGUUUUGAAAAAAUAUAUUUGUUCCUACAGUUUUAUAAAGUUGACUGCUAAAAACAA